GGCUUGCUUUGUGCUCUACGUAAAUAAAUUUGCUUUGUACUCUGGCAUCUCUCGCUGCGUAUAAAUAGUUGGCAAUACAUACAUAUGCUAAUAUGUCAUUGACUAUUUUGUAAACAAAAACACGCGGACAUCGAUUUUAUAUAUCACAAUAUAAUUCCUGUGUAAAAAAUGGAUAAUCCGCAAAAAUUCGUUUUACCUUCCCCGAAUUUCCAUAAAAAAAUGGAAUCUCCUUUAGCAGUGAAGCCUCACUUUCUUACUCCAUCUGGAAUGACCUUACAUGCAAGACAUCAGCCACCGCCAAUGUAUGGAAAACGGGGACCCACAUAUCCUUCAAAAUACCUUCAAACGGCAAAUAAAAAUAAAUUUAUAAAAGUAGAGGCUGCGCAAACAGCAGCCGUUGAACCUGAAUAUUGCGAAGCUUGUGACAUGGAGUUACAGUCCAAUGAUGAUCUACGGCGACACAAAUUGCAACAUGAGAAAUGUCCAGUAGAUAAUUGCAACUAUCGAGGACAUCCGUCAGUAAUGGACAAACAUGUCGGAACACUUCACAGUUCUGGUUUAUUUGAUAAAUUCAAAAAACUUAGCUCGCCUGAGGAAAUAGCUGCUUGGCGCGAAGAACGGAAAAGAAAAUAUCCUACAUUAGAAAAUUCUUUAAUGAGACAACGUGCCAAAGAGCAGCGUGAGAAACGUGGUGAACGUCUUGAGGCCCACAAUAGUAGGUUUGGGAAGCAAGAGGAUCGUAAACGGGCACAAAAAAACCAUUGCUCUGAAACAAAGCAAAGAAAUUACAACCAGCAACAAAACCAAAAGGUUCAGAAUGCUAAUGAAAAAAGAAAACGCAAUAAUAAUAAACGCCGUAAAAAGGAAGAAAUUCAAAAGAUCGAGGAGAAGAAGCAAAAUGAUGUCAUAGCAAAAUUAAAGUCAGCAAAAAAUGCACUUGAGGAAGAAAAUAUCGAAGAAAAUGAUAUAAACUGCAAUGGUAUUUUGAUGUUUAAAGGCACAAGUAAAUUGGCCAAUUAUCAUCACGUUAAGCCGAAGAAACCGAAAGAAACGAACGUAUUGAGCAGCUUACUUGGAAUGUAUGGAUCGGAUGAAGAUUCUGAGAAUGACCACAGUAAUAAUGAAAUGGAUAAUAAUGACACAGAUUAUUUAAAUGACGAUAAAUCAAAUAAUACAAUUUGCACUGAUACAAAUACGAGUGAUAAGGGCCUGUUAUUAAAUCCUAUAGAAAAUUCCUUGCAUCUACACUCCGUUAGUUCGUUUAAUGUUGAAAAAGUUGAAGAUACAGAAUCAGGACAUUUCGCAGAGGCACAGAACAAUAAGCCUUUGGAAAAUACCGAUAUAGUGACUAAUUCCGAUAAAAGAGAUCCGCACAUCAUCGUAACAGGAAAAAUCGAAAAUAUUAGCGAUAAUUCGGUUGGUACUGCUCAAACUGAAAAGCCACAAAGCGCAGAUUUAGUCUGUUCUGAUGAUGAGGCGCCGGAAGAAGCACCAAUAGCACGCUCAACUGAUCUGCCGAUCCCUAUCAAAUCUCCACAACAAAACGUGCCAAGAAAUGAUGAAGCAAGUAAUAAUAAUCGGCAACCCAAUAAUAGACUUCAAAAAGCGGACAGAGUGUAUAAAAUUAAUAAGCAACAAUCAGGGCUAGACUAUCGAAAAGCACGUUUACGGAAACAAAAUACAUUGUUAGAAAAACUACUAGAGCCAGACAUUAGGCACGAGCGAAAUGUGUUAUUACAGUGCGUGCGUUAUGUUUGCGAAAAUAAUUUUUUCGGUAUAGGCGAAAAAAAAUAAACUGAGUUAUUAGUAAACUUGUACAAAAUCAUACAAACCAAAUUUUAUUUUUAAUAAAUUCUUAUAGUAGGUGCUUAACACAGAGUAA